UGCUCAGCUAGGGUCAGGACCAGGGAAAGUUUGCCAGCGAGUGUCCUUUGUGAGGCUGCGUGAAGACCGGGCACGGGUGUGGGCAGCCGCCGACUUGUUCCAGCGCCUUUGGUUCACGCGGCAACCGCCUACUGAGGAAGGGGUCCCUGCCUGGCAGGCUGGCGGGGGCGCACCCUAGAACGACGGGAAAGUCCAUUCUGGGACUGUUAAAGGAGAGCAGGCGUGGACACGCUGACGGGAAGGUUAGCCUGAUCCGGGAGGUGGGGUCCUUGUGCACAUCGUGAAUGAAUGACCCCUUCCAUGGGCUUGGGACGCCUGGACCACACAGGCAAAGGCCAAAAAUGGAGAAUAUGGAUUCUUAAAUUCCAUCCCUCCAUCAGUAUUUUCAUUCCCAGACCCACAGAAUAAAAUGUCCUGCAAGCCUCUUGAUGCUUCACAUCACUUCCAGCAUUGUGUUUCAAAGGAUCCAGGACUACUGACACAUCUCUGGACUUUGAUUUGGCUGAAGACUUGUGCACAUACCUGGAAUAGAGAAACACAGUUAAAAGACUUCAAAUUAUCUCCUGCCUCUUGAAAAGUCCAGAAAACCAUCCUUUUGGACUGUGGAAUUCUGUAAAUUUCAACCAAGACAUUGCUUGAAUGUUUACAUUUUCUCCUUGCUGUCUUACUUUUCGCUGUAUAGUGUUCGCAUUUUGUUAAAACUCACGAGUAUCCCGAGUUGAGCUUGUUCAGCAAACCGGCAUGGCUAGGAUAAACAUAGUAGUAGCAGCGGUUUACCGAUUGGUGCUGAGCUUGCUAACGACUUCACUAACCGAGUCUUCCAUAUUGAAUAAUGAGUGUCCACAACUUUGUGUAUGUGAAAUUCGUCCCUGGUUUACUCCACAGUCCACAUACAGAGAAGCCACCACUGUUGAUUGUAAUGAUCUCCGCUUAACAAGAAUUCCUAGCAACCUUUCCAGUGACACGCAAGUGCUUCUCUUACAGAGCAAUAACAUUGCAAAGACUGUGGAUGAACUUCAGCAGCUUUUCAACUUGACUGAACUAGACUUCUCCCAAAACAACUUUACAAAUAUUAAGGAGGUAGGACUGGCAAACUUGACCCAGCUUACUACUCUGCAUUUGGAGGAAAAUCAGAUUACAGAGAUGACUGAUUACUGUCUGCAGGACCUCAGCAACCUUCAAGAACUCUACAUCAACCACAACCAGAUUAGCACUAUUACUGCUAAUGCCUUUUCAGGCUUAAAAAAUCUUUUGAGGCUUCACCUGAAUUCCAACAAAUUGAAAGUUAUUGAUAGUCGCUGGUUUGAUUCUACACCCAACCUGGAAAUUCUCAUGAUUGGGGAAAAUCCUGUGAUUGGAAUUCUAGAUAUGAACUUCAAACCUCUCUCAAAUUUGAGAAGCUUAGUUUUGGCAGGAAUGUAUCUCACUGAUAUUCCUGGAAAUGCUUUGGUGGGCCUUGAUAGCCUUGAGAGCCUGUCUUUUUAUGAUAACAAACUGGUCAAAGUCCCUCAACUCGCCCUGCAAAAAGUUCCAAAUUUGAAAUUCUUAGACCUCAACAAAAACCCCAUUCACAAAAUCCAAGAAGGAGACUUCAAAAACAUGCUUCGUUUAAAAGAGCUGGGAAUAAAUAAUAUGGGAGAACUCAUUUCUGUGGACCGCUAUGCCCUGGAUAACCUGCCUGAACUCACAAAGUUAGAAGCCACCAAUAACCCCAAACUAUCUUACAUCCAUCGCUUGGCUUUUCGAAGUGUUCCUGCCCUGGAAAGUUUAAUGUUGAAUAACAAUGCUUUGAAUGCUGUUUACCAAAAGACAGUAGAAUCCCUUCCCAAUUUGCGUGAGAUCAGUAUCCACAGCAAUCCCCUCAGAUGUGACUGUGUCAUCCACUGGAUUAACUCCAACAAAACAAACAUCCGCUUCAUGGAGCCCUUAUCCAUGUUCUGUGCUAUGCCCCCUGAAUACAGAGGGCAACAGGUGAAGGAAGUUUUAAUCCAGGAUUCAAGCGAACAGUGCCUCCCAAUGAUAUCUCAUGACACAUUCCCAAAUCAUUUAAACAUGGAUAUUGGCACAACAGUUUUACUAGACUGUCGGGCCAUGGCUGAGCCAGAACCUGAAAUUUACUGGGUCACUCCCAUUGGAAAUAAAAUAACUGUGGAAACCUUUUCAGAUAAAUACAAACUAAGUAGUGAAGGUACAUUGGAAAUUUCUAACAUACAGAUCGAAGACUCUGGAAGAUACACAUGUGUUGCCCAGAAUGUCCAAGGGGCAGACACUAGAGUGGCAACAAUUAAAGUUAAUGGAACUCUUCUGGAUGGCACCCAGGUGCUGAAAAUAUAUGUCAAGCAGGCAGAAUCUCAUUCCAUUUUAGUGUCCUGGAAAGUUAAUUCCAAUGUCAUGACAUCAAAUUUAAAAUGGUCAUCUGCUACCAUGAAGAUUGACAACACCCACAUAACAUAUACAGCUAGGGUCCCAGUAGAUGUUCAUGAAUACAACCUAACACAUCUACAGCCUUCUACAGAUUACGAAGUGUGUCUCAUAGUGUCCAAUCUUCAUCAACAGACUCAAAAGUCAUGUGUAAAUGUCACAACCAAAAAUGCCGCCUUCGCCCUGGACAUCUCUGAUCAAGAAACCAGUACAGCCCUCGCUGCAGUAAUGGGGUCCAUGUUUGCAGUCAUUAGUCUUGCAUCCAUUGCCGUGUACAUUGCCAAAAGAUUAAAGAGAAAAAACUAUCACCAUUCACUAAAAAAGUAUAUGCAAAAAACAUCUUCAAUCCCACUGAAUGAGCUGUACCCACCACUCAUUAACCUCUGGGAAGGAGACAGUGAGAAAGACAAAGAUGGUUCUGCAGACACCAAGCCAACCCAGGUCGACACAUCCAGAAGCUAUUACAUGUGGUAACUCAGUGAAUAUUUUGCUUCUGGUAGUAAGGAGCACAAAGACAUUUUUGCUUUAUUCUGCAAAAGUAACAAGUUGGAGACUUUUGUAUUUCUGACUUUGCUAGUUUUUGGCAGAGUGGAGAGGAUGGGUGGAUAUUUCAAAUUUUUUUAGUAUAGCGUAUCGCAAGGGUUUGACACGGCUGGCAGCGACUCUAGGCUUCCAGUUAGUGUUUGGUUUUUAUUCUUAUCAUUAUUAUGAUUAUUAUAUUAUUAUUUUAUUUUAGUUGUUGUGCUAAGUUCAAUAAUGCUGUCCUAACUACAAUGCUCAAUAAAAUGAUUAAUGACAGGUUGGGGUUCCCCUCUGCUUUUACCAGUAGCAUGACCCCUUCUUCAGAAGCCAUCAAUAGAACUAUGUCCUCCAAAAAGCUAACAUACAGUGUCAAAGCAGCAUAGAACCUUUUGUAGCAAUCUAGUCUACAAACUUGUGAUUCAAGAAGCUAAGACUAGACUUGUUACCUUUGUUGAAUGAUAUUAGUUGACUGUACUGUAAUGUUGUAUCAACUGAAUUGAAUGUUCGCCUUUCAACAAUGACUUUAGUUCUUCCUCUUUUUUUGUAAUAGUUAAAGAGGCUUAGAACAAGCUAACAGGCAAUAGAAAUAUGUAUAUCAGAUUUUUUAAUGUAACAAACUACACGUCAAUUGUUACUUUAUUCUUUUUAUCUUUAGUAGACACUUUUAAAAAAAGAUAAUUUUGUUGUGUUUAACUCACCAACGUGGUAUAUAAAGAAAACAGAACUAUAAUAAAUUAGUUUUGUUCUGAUUUUUUAGAACACUUGCAAUAAUGUAUCAUUUAUAGUUCUUGCUGAUUGCAGUGGUAAUAUUUUUCACAUCUAUGGAAACAGCAAUCAAUAAAUCAGCCAAAGCAUGUUGUCUUUGAAAGUUAGGCUCUAAAAAUUUUGAAUUCUAUUUCUAAGGAAAGAAGUAUCUAUUUUAAUUAAGACAUUUUAACAAAUAGGAUUUUUAUAUUUUAAAUAUUACUGACCAGAACCUAAUGGGGAGUUCAUACAAGGAAAAAAAGUAUAUUACUUUAUCCCAUGCAUGCAUAACUGAACAUGAUCAUACAUAUAUGCUAUAUUAGGUGAUACAAUAUCUGUCCUUUUCUGAAAGAGUUGAGACCUAAUGUUUCUCAAAAUUUCUACAUUUUUCCAUUCAAGUAUAAAACAGUUAUGGAGUGUUUCAAACUGUACUACACUAUUCCUUUUAACAGCUGUCCAUGUGCUUAAACUCUUAUUAGUCUGUAUAUUAGUGUGAGACAAGUAAAUGAUCAAUAGAAAACAGAAUAAUUUCUGUAUGGUUAGCAUUUUUCAUCCAAAUACUAUAUACACAGAACUGGCAGAAUUAGAUGUUUCAAAAUUACACAGAUGUGGCUAUGUGAAUUUUAGAAUAAAGGGAGCUAAGUUUAGGUAUAAUAUCAUUUCCACAAAGGGUAUAGGGAGGAGACUUGAAUAUAUAGGUAGAGUACAAAAGACUCAUUUGAAAAUUGGAAUUGAUAGGCAGAGAAAUAAAGAAAGUCUGUUCCACAUGGCAGCUGCUGCCAUGGACAUGCUGUUAGACCAGGAAUGAUGAGAUUGUAAAAAAGGGACUAAGAGGAAACAGGUGCCAGAUGAGCAGAAUGAAGGAAAAGGGAGCAGAAAGAAGUCCAGAUGAUCACCAGGCUGAGAGAUUUCUUUGUCAAAUUCCUGUUUUAUGAAACACUUAAAAAAUAACCACUUUUCCUUCCCAUUUCUAAGGGGGUUGGGAGAGAAUUUCAGACACUAUUGCAAGCUGAAACAGAAAAACUGUGAGUAUCUAAGCUAGAAACAUCCCCUGCCACAGCCCUCAUUUGUGGAUGCCACGGAUAGCUUAUAACUGGCUGAGGUUAAAUUCUCCUGCCUGUUUAGAACUCUGCACUCCACUGAUUUCUCCAAGCCCAGAAGCCUUCUAGAGUUUUGUACAGGUCUCUUCUACAGCUGUGAGCAAACUCCAGUGCCCCUGUAUAAAAAUUGCACCAUAUCUUCGAGUUCCUAUUUACUCAGGAUGAACUGCUGCACAAGACCAGAUGAGAGGACCAAGAAAGUGUACGCAUUGUUGGUGCUUCCAAGUACAAUGUGGAAAACACAAUUAGAUGCGUGUUAGAUGAAAUCAUGGUGCAUUUCUUAUGAGGGAAUUCUUAACUUCACACAUGGACCACUCAAGAACUUCUCAACUCAAUCUGCAAACCAUGACCCAUGACAGCUUGCAGCUACAGGGAAGAGGCAUUAUGUAUACCAUAAAGUGAUGAUUUGACGGUAGUACAGAAUGAGCACUUACAUAUUGGUGGAUUAAAAAAAAUAAUUAACUCAAUUAUUUCGCCAUUCUGAAUAUAUAACAAGCACAAGAAUAUCGGAGUGCUUGUGUUAAGCCACUUCAGGGAAUUUUCUUUUACUUUAAAAAAACAAUUGAAGCUUAUUUUUUUCCAGUAUAUAUUAAUGGGUUGGUUUUCACUUGAUAGGAAGAUGGCAGAACACUUUAUUCACACUUAAUUUAAUUUGGUAAGACAGUCAGUGAAAUUAGACAUCAAACUAGGCCCUGGUUGUUAAUGGAGGUUAUAUCACUUUUGUCAGUGAAGUGGCUAUUAUAGAGUACAUUCUAAUUUCACAUUUUCCCUUUUGCUGCCUGCUGCCCUCAAGAGAUGUAGUAUAUAUCUAACUUGAUUGUAUAAGGCUAUUUUUGGAGUAGUUUCUUAAGUCAUUCCCUCAUUUCCCCAUUUAAUUAAUGACAAAUCAAACUGAUACCAUUAAUAUAAAAAUAAAUGCAAUGUGUGAUUAUCAUUGCUUCUAAUUUGACUGGCAAAAAGACAUCAUCUCCAUUCUUCUGUAAAGAGUACCAAAGCCUAUAUGCUUAGGGCCAGGAAUUUAGCUCAAUGGCACUGCUUCUGCCUCACAAGCACAAGGUCCUGAGUUCAAUCUAUGGUACCAAAAACAAAACAAGGUCCAUAUGCUCGUUUGCUUGGUUUCUAUUUAUUCAUUCAUUAGUUAGGGAUACUAUAGUCAACUUUUUACUUAGUAUUUGUUUUCUAUAUCUGUAUUCUUUUUCCAAAGCAUUUUGUUUUCAUUAUUGUUUUUACCCUUAGAGGGAAAAAACAUAACACUUUGCUGGUAAAAUCAUAUUUUCUGCCUUUCUGUUCAUUAUGAAGGAGAAUUUAACUACUUCUGAUGCAUUCUAAGUACAACUGAUAAUAAUGCUUUCUUCACCUCAGUCCUUUUAUUCUCAACCUGUUUGCAAAUAGACUUUUUUUCGCUGUUUAAAUUCAAGAGAUUAGCUGGUAGAAAAUGUUUAUUUAAUGCAAAGUUUUAGAAUCACCUUCUAGAGCUCUUGAAUGAUUUUGGCCUAGAACCUUUGAAGGACUUGAUCUAAUUUGGUCAGGACAUGAUUAAUCUGUCUGUCCUCUGACUCUCUGACCCCUGCACCCUCACUGCUACCAGCUCCUCUCAGUAAUUUAAACUGGAGAUUUAAUUAUAUGUAUGAAUAAGGAAGUGGUGAGGGAUCUAAUGAUUGUUAAUCCUUGCUGGCACAGCAUAUUCCAGCACAGGUUAACAGAACCAGAUGGGUUUCUUUUAUUCUAAAACUCCUCAAGUUCUUGAUAGUACUAAUAAAAGUAUAUAGUUUUUUUUUAACCAUUAUGUAUCUCAGAGUACCCUUCUGCAGUACAGGUCCUAAGAAAUUGAGGUUUUAAUUUAAUCCUAACAAUAGUCUGGUAAAAUGGAUGCUAUUCUUUCUAAUCUACAGGUAAGAAAACUAAGACCCAUAAGAAUAAGCAUUUGCCUGAUACUAUUAGCUCCGUAAGAGGGAGCCCAUGAUGGAGUCCCCUCACUUCUGGUUUUCUUUCCCUCCAACUAACCCCUCCUAAAGUGAAAGGAGGAACAUCUAUUGAAGGGUGGAUGCUAGAAAACCCUGGGAAAUGGCUGAACGAGUGAACAAAGAACUGUUAACGGGAAAUGGCACCAAAGGCUUUCUUUAUGUCUUAAAGCAUGGUAUGCUAAUAAUCUGUGAGAUAAAUUCAAACCGAUGUUCAUAUCAGGAUAAAAUUUAAUUCUAGUCUUCAGAUGCCCCAAAUUGCCCUCCCUAUUACACAUUCACAAAGUGUUAAAACUAAAAAAAAAAAAUUAGGAAAUUCCAAAGUCAUUCUUGGCUUAUGAAGCAAUCAUGGAAGUCCUACUUAAAACUACAACAAAUUCCAACAUUUAAAAGAGAAAAUGUGAAGUUGAUAUACAAUUAAGUGGUUCUAAGGAUGAUAUCUGGCAUCAAGAAAUCACCCAGAACAGGUAGGAAACAUACAGCUCUUGCAUAAUCACCAAAUUUGUGAGUGUGUAAUAGUAUUUGGAAAAUUCUGUCUUUUCCCCCAAAAUCUGUUUAGAUGCCGUAAGACAUUAAAAUGGCACAGAUAUUUUUCUAAAUAAAUGUAAUUGUUCUUUCAUAAUACCCAAUUUUUGUCAGUUAUAUACUACUUCAAAUAAAGCAAAACCAGUGAUACUCAUGAAUGUAUGUCUAAACAUAAACUGGAUUGGAUCGUGCCACCUCACCCCUUUCCACCUUAGCCUUUCAUGCCUAUAAGUUCAGACUAAGAGCAAAUUUAAGCCUGGAUCCUGACAGAAUGAUCAUGAAUUCCUAAAAGGCGGGGUAUUCUUAAUGAAAGUGGCAUUUUUUUAUUCAUUAAGUUUAUUGGUACAUUUUAGGUAUA